AUGUUUGGAAUGAGUAGAAAAGAAGAGAUUCCUAUUGAAUGUGACAUUUUUAAUGUUGGACGAAAUGAAGAAGAAGAAGAAGGUUCACCUGCUUUCCCAACUGCUCCUGGAGACCCUUUGGACCCUCUACAUCCUUCAUCUCCUCGUCUUCCUUGUUUCCCUGGUGCAGAUAUAAUUCUCACUGCAUCCAUUCCAUCCAUCCCAGGCUCUCCAGGACCUCCAUCUAUUCCACUGUGA